AUGAUGUAAUAAAUAUUUUGAAUGAUAGCUAAAUGCCAGAAUCAUAAUUAGGAUCGGUUAGGAUGAGACCUUCCUAAAUUCAGAUAGAAGACGAUUAAUAAGUUUCAACUCAAAGAAGAAAUUUUUUAUCUCCAACAUUUAGUUAAAAUCUACCCCUUUUUAGGGAAUUGUAUACAGUUUUAAAAUGAAUAUAGACAAUCGAGAUAAGUAUAAAACAGAGAACAAGAUUAUUCAAACAGCAUUAUUACACUUACUGAUGACAAGGUAUUCAAAAUACAAAUUAGGUUAUUUCUUGUCAUGCUUAAAUGAUUAAGUCUCUUAUGUUCAACUUAUUCCUAUAAGCAUUUUUUGUUAAUUAUUUUACUUAUAUGCAUUGGAAAUAUAGUCAUCGAUAUGUGCUAUUAUAAUUGUGGAUAUAGGACUUAAUAACAAUUUUUAUUCUGAUAUAUUAUAAUUAUAGAAAAGGAGAUGAUUGCAUUUGGUAACUUAUAGAAACUAUGUUUUUAUUCUUCUUUAAGGUAUUCAUCAAUAUUUUAAUAGAUCUUUAUUGUAUUUUAUUAUGAAGUUUAAGCAUUCAAGAUUUAUUUUAUUACUAUUAUGAUGUUAGCAGUUUCAUCUUUGUUAUUGAUUAUGAAACUAGUCUAAAAAAUUAAAACUCCAACAAAAACUAGUACUGCUUUAGUAAUAUCAUUAUAAAUAUAUUUAGAUUUUAUAAUUCUUAAAAACUAUGUGUUGUCUUUAACUCUUAUUGAUAACACUUAAAUGGGAAUCAAAGAUCUCUUGGUCAUGGAUCUAGAUAUUUCUAUUGUUUUGGGUAUUCCUUGUAGUUUGCGCAUUAUUAUUAUUUAUAUCUUUGGUUAGUUGUAUAGAAACUUUAGUUAAUAUCAUCAAAAAGAAGUAACAAUGUCAUUACUGUAUAUAUAAUUCUUUUCUUUAGUGGCAGGCAAUAUAUGGAUAUUUAUAAUGCUUAUAGGAUUUACAUUAUUCCCUUUUUUGUUUAUUUUAAGAACAGCUGAAUUUUAUGAAGGAAAUCAAUUAAUUAGUCUUACUGAAACUGCUCAAUAUGUAGUAGUCAUCACUUUAUUUUCUUUAUUUCUUCUUAUAUUUACUCUCUGUUUUUAUAGAUAAAUUAAGUAAAUAUAUAUAUAUAUUAUUAGAGCCUACUUAAAAGAUGUUUAAGGAAUCUCAGAUUAAAAUGAUAUUGAUUAAUAAUAAACAAUAAACUCUCCGAAUUCUAGAUAACUAAAUUCUCCACAUUAAACUAAGAAAUUAGAAUUCGUUAAAUUAGGGAUCCCUUUAUAUUUAAUUAAAUUAUCUUGUACUUACUUUGCUGUUCUUGACAAAGCUUCUUUCGAAUUUAAAAAAAAAUAAAAGUCUCAUUAAGAAUUAGAGUCUGGUAGAUCAAAUCUUUAGGGUUAGACAAUGAGAGAAACUUGGAAGAAAAUACUUUAAAAACCAGUAGUUAGCAAUUCUAUGAUUAUUCAUAAAAAAUAGACUGACAUUGAUUUAGAAAUAUAAAAACCUGCUAUUACUGAUAAUGGUAUUAUAUGAUUAUAAAUUAGUCAAAAUAAAAAAAGAAGAAAUUUCAGUUACUGUAUCAAAAUAAGAAUAAGAAGAAGAACCAGUUAAGUCUAUAAAAUCUAUUAAAUCUGAUGGUGAAUCUAGUGUGGGUUAAGAAAAAUGUCUUGUUUGUUAUGAAAAUUUACCAAAUAUAGUUUUUAUACCAUGUCGUCAUGGAGGAAUAUGUUAAUAAUGUGCUGAAGAUGUGAUAUAAAAAUCAAAUGAAUGUUACUUAUGCAGAAAAGUAAUUAACUAAAAUAAACAAUUAGACUAUUAGUCAAAUUUUAAAAGUUUAAAAAAAUGUAAAUAAAUAAUUGGAAGUCUAAGAAGCAUCAAUUUUGGGUUGA